CAAUAAACCCCUGCCAAAACCCGCUAGAACCCGCCACGCUCAGAUCCGCAUAGCGCCGCGCCGCCCCCCAGACACACACAAUCCCCACCCUCUCUAGGGUUUUCGUCCCCGCGCCGCCGCGCUCCCAAAUCCACCCCCCGAAGCAACCAUGGCCGGCGGUCCCGCGGCGGUGUCGUUCCUGACCAACAUCGCGAAGGCGGCCGCUGGGCUCGGAAUCGCGGCCUCCCUCACCUCAGCGUCGCUCUACACCGUCGACGGCGGCGAGCGCGCCGUCAUCUUCGACCGGUUCCGCGGGGUGCUCCCGGAGACGGUCGGCGAGGGCACCCAUUUCCUCGUGCCGUGGCUGCAGAAGCCCUUCAUCUUCGACAUCCGCACGCGGCCGCACAACUUCUCCUCCAACUCCGGGACCAAGGACCUGCAGAUGGUCAACCUCACGCUCCGCCUCCUCUCCCGCCCCGACGUCCAGCACCUCCCCACCAUCUUCACCUCCCUCGGCCUCGAGUACGACGACAAGGUGCUCCCCUCCAUCGGCAACGAGGUGCUCAAGGCCGUCGUCGCCCAGUUCAACGCCGACCAGCUCCUCACCGAGCGCCCCCACGUCUCCGCGCUCGUCCGCGACGCGCUCAUCCGCCGCGCCCGCGAGUUCAACAUCAUCCUGGACGACGUCGCCAUCACCCACCUCUCCUACGGUAUCGAGUUCUCCCUGGCCGUUGAGAAGAAGCAGGUCGCGCAGCAGGAGGCCGAGCGCUCCAAGUUCCUCGUCGCCAAGGCGGAGCAGGAGAGGCGGGCGGCCAUCGUGCGCGCCGAGGGAGAGAGCGAGUCCGCGCGCCUCAUCUCUGAGGCCACGGCGAUGGCUGGGACAGGGCUGAUCGAGCUCAGGAGGAUCGAGGCGGCCAAGGAGAUUGCCGCAGAGCUGGCUCGCUCGCCAAAUGUGGCAUACAUUCCUUCUGGGGAAAACGGAAAGAUGCUGCUUGGUCUCAAUGCUGCGGGAUUUGGUCGGUGAUUCACCGUUCUGUUUUAGUUUUGCCUUAUGUGCUUGGGCAUCUGCCUGCUUGUGCUAUGCCGAUGCAUGACUAAAAUGGUGGUUCGAAGGACAGUGGUAUCUGCUACCCUUGGUUAUGUUAAGUUUCCCUUAUCUUGGAACUAAAUGUGUUUUGUCUCGUGCUCCAAAUAAGUGUUUGGUCUUGACUCUGGGCAAGUGGGCAUAUUUUCAAUUGGUAGGGUUAAUGUGACA